CCUUCAGUAAGGACCCUCUCAAGGUGGAAACAAAAAGAAAAUAACAUUUCUUAUGUUGAUUUAGAUGCAACGGAAAACAAAAAUGUUCAAGAUACAUUCAAUAGCAAUAUGAACUCGUAUGCAUCAGAUCAAUACAACGAUAACGAGCCAACUGCUAGUAAAAUCAGUGAUCCAUCAGAUAGCAAUGAAUCAAAAUUUUACGAUGCUCGAAAUGAUAGAAUAAAUGAUGAUGACAAUUAUGCAGCGAAAGAAAAUGAAAUUGACUCCGACGAUGAUGAACAACAAGACAAUCAAAGUAUGCUAUUAUACGAAAAAAGUACUAAAAGCACUGAUAAAAGUGUUUUAUUACUCUUGCAAUUAUUUCUCGACAACAAAAUGAUAAAAACAUGCUUAAAAAAUACGCUCAAAGUAAUUUGCGACUUGUUACCGACACCUAAUAAUAUGCCGAGAACAGUAUUUAAACUAUUUCAAUACGUAGAAAGUCAAGCCCCUGUACGUGACGUCAUCAAACAUUUUUAUUGCAAAUCGUGUCAUUUUUAUUAUGGCGAUAAAAAUAAAUCGGUCCGCGAGUGUCAAGUAUGUUCAUCAACUGAACAUAAUGGUAUUUUUUACAAGUUGGAUAUAAUCGAUCAACUGAAGUAUUUAUUUUAGCAUGCACAUCUCAGUAAAUUGAUUAAGCCACCGCCCGAGUGGAAAUUGAUCUAGCCGUUUUAUUUUACAGCUAGUGAUUGUAUCACGCAGGCUAGAUAUAUUAUCUGACCAUUAACUAGCUCAGUAUUAGCUAUAAUUAACGCAUAAUUUUUUGCUAGCUAGUACUUUUCUAGCCCCUGCAUUGUAAAUAUUGAAAUAUAAUGGCGCUGGAAACUUUAAAAAAAUUAGCUAGCCGCUAUCUAGCCCUUGCAUUGUAAAUAUUGAAAUAUAAUGGCGCUAGAAAGUUAUAAAAAAUUAAUUAGCCGCUAUCUAGUCCUUGCAUUAUAAUCAGAAUCUUCGAAUUCUCAAAGUCUCCUUGUAAGUCAACUGUUAGGCAGUCACUAGAUAUAUUUUUUAUGAAAUAACCCAAUCAGCAAGCAAUAUUUUAUAAAUGUUUUUUAAGUAUUUAUUUUUGAUUAUUUUCACAUUAUUAGCGUUUAUUGUACAAAUAAUA